AUGGAGGCUGAUUUAAUGAAAAUAGGGAGAGGUCUUGGGUAUGAUGUUGACAUUUCUCAAGUUCAGCAAAAUUUGAAAAUUAGGUAUAGAAAUGUUAAGGGUGGACUAGAGCUUCUUACAUUUGAUGCUAAAGUGGUUGAAAUUGUUGGUCACAUACCAUCCAAUAAGUUUGGAAAUGAAGAUUAUGACUAUGAUGUAGAUGCAGAGAAUUGUGGUGGGGAUGUGACGUGGCCUUUCAUUGAUGAAUUGGCAAAUAAUGACUUUUCCCAAGUGAAAGAGGUGGCUUAUAAUGAAGAUGAGGAGACUUUUGAGAAUGUUGGGACAAAAGUGGCAAAUGAAGAUGUAGGGGCAGAAUUAUCAAAUCAAGAUGUAGCGACAAAUGUGAUAAUUGAUGAUGAAGGGGCAAAAUUACCAAAUGAAGAUGAGGAUUCAGAAUUUAAGGACAGUGAUUAUGAGUUCGGUGAAAAUUAG